AUGGAAAUCAUCGCGACUACAAGGAACACAUCUAGAGCGUCUACCUCCAACGCUACUCACCAGGCCGAUUGGAGUUUAGAGAAUUUCCUCCAGCAUCACCCUGCAAAAUUCAGUGGGAAGUGCCUUCCUGACGAGGCCGAUCAGUGGCUGCGAGACAUGGAGCGGAUCUACAAUGCCAAGAGGUGCCUUGAUGAUAAUAGACUCGCAUUCACUGAGUAUCUACUGACUGGUGAGGCCAGUCAUUGGUGGGCGAGUAUGAAGAUGAUAUUGACGGACGCUCAAAGUCCCAUCUCGUGGGAUGUUUUCAGGACCAGGUUUUAUGAAGAAUAUUUCCUGGAUAGCGUUCGUUUCGCUAAGGAGGUAGAGUUUCUCCAAUUGGUGCAACGGGGUAUGUCGGUUUCUGAGUACACCAACAAGUUCAAGCAUCUGGUUCGUUUCAAUACCAUGGCGACCAACGAAGAGUGA